AUGACUAUCAACGGACAAACUGCACUGGUUACUGGAGCCUCGAUGGGCAUUGGCGAGGCAACAGCAAGAGCGCUCGCCAAAGCAGGUGCCAAUCUGAUCUUACUCUCCCGCUCAGAGGACAAACUCGCCAAACUCACAGCCGAGCUGAACAGCCAAUACCCGCAAAGCAAAGCCAUCUACCGCACUGCCGAUGUUGGGAACUAUGAAGAAGUCGAUGCCGCGGUCGAAUCGUCUGUCGAGGAGAUAGGCGGCAUUGACAUCCUCAUCAACAACGCGGGUCUUGCGAUUGGCGCCCCGAAGGCAUUCCAUGAACUCAAGAUUUCGGAGAUUCUGACGAUGAAUUCCACGAACAUCAACGGCCCAAUGUUCGUAACUCACUCCGUCUUAAACAGGUCCAUGCUUUCUCGCAAGUCCGGCACCAUCGUCAAUGUGACAUCUGUCACCGGGUUAGAGGUGCCACCGUUUACGGGCGAGGCAGUCUAUCACUCCAACAAGGCUGCCCAGGAGGGGUUCACAAAUUCAUUGCGGAAUGAGUUGUGUGGCACCAACAUCAGAGUGCUGGCGCUGAGACCUGGUGUUGUUGCGGGUCAUUUCCACGCCCAGCGUGUCGGAAACGACCAAGCGCAGUACGAUGAGUUUUUGAAUGGGUAUAUACCACUUCUCGCGGACGAUGUUGCCCAAGCUGCUGUCUAUAUGCUCAAUCAGCCUCUGAAUAUCUCUGUCAAAGCCCUGGAUGUUGUUCCAUCGGCCCAACGAUCUCUUACUGCAUUCGAUCGCAAGUGGAACGAGCGAAAUGGAAACUGA